GCGUCUCGACGGGCCGCCGUGCCGAGCGCAAGAUGAAGCACUUCUACGACGAGCAGAACCUGCACAUCGAGCGCCUGCUCAAGCCCAUGCACCAGCAUGCCAGCGAGGAUGCAGACGAGAUGGCCAGCGUCAGCGGCAGUAUCAAGCUCCUCAUCUACGCCAACAUCGUGGCAAACUUCGCGCUCGCCGGCCUGCAGCUGUACGCCGCCGUGUCGUCGGGCUCGCUCUCGCUCUUCGCGACGAUGUCCGACUCGGUCUUUGAUCCGUUCGCCAACGUGCUGCUCAACUGGCUCCACCGCAAGUCGGAGCGGCUCGACGAGCGCAAGUGGCCCGCCGGCGGCUCGCGCCUCACCAACGCCGGCAACAUCACAUACUCGGCCAUCAUGCUCUCCGUCUCGCUCGUGCUCGUCGUCGAGUCGAUCCGCGCGCUCGCGACGCACGACCCAAACGACAAGCCGGAGCUCUACAUCCCCUCGAUCGUCGCCGUUGGCGUCGCGUUCGCCGUCAAGGCGCUGCUGGCCGUGAUCAACUACGGCUUCCGCAAGUACAGCUCGCAGCUCGAGAUGCUCUACAUCGACUGCCGCAACGACCUCUUCAUCAACGGCCUCGGUAUCUUCACGUCGGCCGCCGGCGCCAAGAUCGUCUGGUGGCUUGACCCCGCGGGCGCCAUGGUCAUCUCCAUCGGCAUCAUCGUCGUGUGGACGCGCACGGCGCUGGGCGAGUUCAAGGAGCUGUGCGGCAUCUCGGCGCCGCCCGAGUUCUACCAGCUCGUGACGUACAACGCGCUGCUGCACUCGGAGCACAUCAGCAGCAUCGACAGCAUCAAGGCGUACCACAGCGGGCCGAACUACGUCGUCGAGGUCGACCUUGUCAUGGACAAGAACGCGCCGCUGCACCUCACGCACGACGUUUCGCAGGACCUGCAGGACCGCCUCGAGGCGCUGCCCAAUGUCGAGCGCGCCUUUGUGCACUGCGACUGGGAGGUGACGCACGCGCCCGAGCAUCGCAAGAACAAGUGAUGGCGCCUGGGCGUGACGCGCGCGGCACCGGAGCUCCAGUCCUGCAGCACACAACUACGCUUCUGUGACUAGGCAUCCAUUAGACGGGCGCGAGAUAUUACGGUUGUGUGGGGGUGUGGCGUGCUAAUGUAGUACUUCUUCUCGACCUGGC